AUGGGACCUCCUACAGAAGCCUCUCAACACCUUAAGGUGGCUGACCUCCUACUACCAAAAUCAAAAUAUUGGAAUAAAGAGCUUAUCAGAAAUAUCCUACCGGAAUAUGAGCAAAUGAUUCUAAAUCUUAACCCAAGUUUUUCGGGAGCACCUGAUAUUUGGGCUUGGCUCCCCUCGAGUGACGGUACGUAUUCUUCAAAAUCUGGUUAUAUUGAGGCCAUCAAAAAGGAGGAACCUGAAGAAAGCACUCCCAUCAACACGACCCUGGACAAUUUUAACUGGCACAAACAAAUCUGGUCUCUUAAGUGCUCCCCCAAAACAAAAUUACUACUAUGGAAGAUAAUCCAGAAUGCAUUACCAGUUGGGGAGAACCUUGAUUACCGAUGUGUUAAUGACUCCCUGAAAUGCCCACACUGUGAAGCGGAAGAAUCAGUUCUGCAUAUGUUCUAUAAGUGUCCUUUUGCUAAGAAAAUCUGGGACCUUGCACCGUUCGAGAAACGGUUGAUAGUGGAGGAGAUCGCAACUGCAAAGUCGGGAUUGGAAUCGGCAAAUGACCUUCGUUGUUUACCACCCUCUGGUGUAGGAAGUGGCCCACUAUCUCCCUGGAUCUUAUGGGUGAUCUGGACAUCGCGAAAUCAACUUAUCUUCAACAAAAAGCGGAUCUCUGCAGAGGAUGCACUGAUCACAACUAUCAUCCGAGCACGCGAGUGGCAUGAUGCCCAACCCCUCUCUGCAACACUCACCAAGCUACCAAUGUCGAAUAAAAACCCCCGAAUCCCACAGAUCCCCCCAAAUUAUGUUCUUUGUUGUACGAACGCGUCUUGGAAGGAAGACAGAUAG